GAUUGCAUGUCAAUGUAUUCAACUGCAUUUAGCUGUCCUGGUGUCAGUCGUGAGCUUCUCUCUAGCUGUGAACAUGGCUCUGCUGAAGUCCCGGCUCGUUGUUGGAGUGGCUCGUUGGCAGCCCUGUUUGUCUGUCGUGCAGGGAAGAGCAAGCUCCUGGUGGUCACAUGUUGAGAUGGGUCCCCCUGAUCCAAUUCUGGGUGUGACAGAGGCUUUUAAACGUGACACUAACCCCAAGAAGAUGAACUUGGGUGUGGGAGCUUAUCGGGAUGACAAUGGCAAACCUUAUGUCCUAAGCAGCGUGCGUAAGGCUGAAGCUCAGUUGGCAUCCAGAAAUCUGGACAAGGAAUAUCUCCCUAUUGGAGGCUUGGCAGAGUUUGCCCGGUCAUCAGCUCAGUUGGCACUUGGUGAAAACUGUGAAGCUCUUAAGAGUGGACGGUUUAUUACUGUACAGACCAUUUCUGGAACAGGAUCACUUCGGGUUGGAGCCAACUUUUUGCAAAGAUUCUACAAGUACAGCCGUGAUGUUUACCUGCCAAAACCAUCCUGGGGCAAUCAUACACCAAUAUUCCGGGAUGCUGGGCUGGAGGUGAAGGGUUACCGGUAUUAUGAUCCCAAGACUUGUGGGUUUGAUUUUGCUGGUGCACUGGAUGACAUCUCUAAAAUCCCAGAACAGAGUAUCAUCUUGUUCCAUGCCUGUGCUCAUAAUCCUACUGGUGUAGACCCUAAGCAAGAGCAGUGGAAAGAGCUAGCAGCUUUGAUCAAGAGUCGACGCCUCUUCCCGUUCUUUGACAUGGCUUAUCAAGGAUUUGCUAGUGGAGACACUGACAAAGAUGCCUGGGCUGUCCGCCAUUUCAUCCAGGAGGGAGUCAAUGUAGUACUGUCUCAGUCCUAUGCCAAGAACAUGGGAUUGUAUGGUGAACGUGUUGGAGCAUUCACUGUGGUGUGCAGUGAUACGGAGGAGGCAAAGCGAGUGGAGUCCCAGAUAAAGAUUCUGAUCCGCCCCAUGUAUUCCAACCCUCCACUGAAUGGAGCACGCAUAGCAGCAGCUAUUUUGACCCAGCCUGACCUGCGCAAGGAAUGGCUCCAGGAGGUCAAGGGAAUGGCUAACAGAAUAAUUAGCAUGCGGGAACAGCUGGUUUCCAACCUAAAGAAAGAAGGUUCCAUUCACAACUGGCAGCACAUCAGUGACCAGAUUGGCAUGUUUUGCUUUACAGGCCUUCGGCCAGAGCAGGUGGAACGUCUCAUCAAGGAGUUCUCCAUCUAUAUGACUAAGGAUGGGCGUAUUUCGGUUGCAGGAGUAACAUCAGCAAAUAAUGGUUACCUUGCUCAUGCUAUUCACCAGGUGUCCAAAUGAGGGAGACUCAAGACAUCUCUAACAAGCUGCCCUUGUUGAGCACCUUGACAACCAGACCCAAGAAGCACUUAAUAGGAAUGCUCCAAUGCUUGGCAUAUUUGUUUCUUACUCCUCCUAGAACGGUUAGAUACCCCAGAAUGCAUUUGUGCAGAAAAUUUGUUGGUCCUUCCAUGAAGAACUUUCACCUAAAACAUUCAUCCUUUUGAUACUGUUUAAUGUGAUCAUUAGAUUGAGGUUUCUUCCCUUACAUAAAAAAUGAACUGGCCCUAAGGACUGAAAUAUGUCUGAUGCUUAGAUUUAAGUAAUGGGGGAGAAAGAAGUUGAGUUGAAGUCUGAUGUUUCCACACAGACACCUUUUUUUGUUUUGAGGGCUAUAACUUGCUAGAAUUUCAUUCAUUUCAGCCUAGGCAUAGAUGGUUAAAUCAGAAGUAACAUAUAGCAACCAUUCAGAAUUGUGUCUUACUACAGCUGGCAGUUAAAGCUAUUUGGUGACUAUGGGUUACUACUUGAGUAAAACUAUGUCUGUAAUGUAUUCCUUAGUCUUCUGCAAUGUUGUGACCAGUCAGUUACAAAGACUUCAGGGGCUUUGUUAAGGGAAGAAUCAAUGAACCUUAAAGGAACCAUGAAUGUAUUUGGAUUCAAUAAAAUCAGUCUUGGAAUCUG